AUGUCUCUUAUAGGCAGAAGUUUGAUGUUCUUUCAAAUUGAUAUAAAAAAUGUCACGGAAUGGCCCCAUGAACUUCGUUAUCUUCGGGUAUUGGAGUCUUUGACUGUUAAUCAAAUACAAUUUCCCCAUUUAGAUAUAAAUGCUUUCCAUGGCUUUGAAAAAACACUGAAGAGCCUUACUCUUGAAAGUUCUAAACUUGAGAAAGUGCCCUAUGCAAUUUGUAAUCUCAGUCAACUAUCAUCGUUCGAUUUUCGAUAUAAUUAUCACCUUCAGGAAACCAAAUCCUCGAUUUUCGAGCCAUGUGGUAAUAAAUUAUUAAAUGUUGGUUCAUUUUAUAUAGCUGCAAAUAACCUCAAUACAUUUCCAGAUAUGUUUUCUUUAUUUCCAUCACUUACAUAUAUAUCCGCAGUUGCUAAUAGGCAUCAAUACAUAGAUGAUACUAAAAUCCCAUUUGAUUCAAAUGUCACAGGCAUACAUUUGUCAGCAAAUAUGUUUGACAGAAUACCAUAUGCAUUGAACAGAAUGAAUCGUCUGACUCAUGUUUAUCUCAGCCAAAAUCGAAUAACGACAAUAGAAAAACCCGAUCUAUCAAAUUUGACUGCUUUAACUUUGUUAUAUCUAAAUGGGAAUCCCAUUAAAUAUAUCGCAGUCGAUGCCUUUAAAAAAAACAACAUUGAAUUAAGUUAUCUAAAUUUACAAAACACGCACCUUGACCACGUUCCUACUGCAGUGUCAUCCCUCGCAAAACUUUCCACUUUUAUUCUUAGUGGAAUGCCAGUUGAUUGCACAUGUGACAUGUCUUAUUUAAAACACUGGAAUGUUUCUGCUGUAUCUACUUUUACCACAAAAUGUGCAUACACUUCAGAAACCGUUAAAAGUUUUGUCAUGAAUUCUCUACAGACAUGUCCAUAGAGAUUUAAUGUAUUUUACAAUUCA